AUCGACUUGCUGCACAAACUGGCCCGCCGCCGUGCUCCCCCACCGGCCUGCUGUGAAGAGGAUCGGGCGUCGUUUAUGCGGAUUUCAUGAGCCCUGUGCGGCAGAGGCGCAGGCCCAGCAGCGGGCGAAUGCCUUUUUUGAGAACCCCAUCUCUCGUGGCCCCUAUCGCCCGCAUUUCCGUAUUUUUUUGCUUAGGACCGGCCGUGAUAGUCAGGGCCGGUGGGGUGUGGUGCAUCGGUGUAAGUGCGUAGGGUGAUGGGUUCGCCUGGGUGAUCCUGGGGCCUUGUGCUUUGCGGUCAUUGACUUCGUUCGUCGGUGCUGGUUGCGUGUGCCAGCCAUGUGAUUUGGGCUUUGGCCGACUGGGAUAGGAUGUCCAUGCGGUUGAUCUGGUCGGUGUGAAGGUGUGUAGUCUCCGGCCGUGGGAUUCCGGUCGUCGGUUGUUUUGUGUUGGUUGUUGCCUUCGUGUUGGACUCGUCGAUCAGGCGUCUGGUCGUCCUUUUUCAUUCAACGUUCCUCUCAAGACAGACUGACACAUGCAAUCAAUCAACAAGCCAAUAAUUCUGUCUGUCUCUUUGGCUGUCUGUCAGUUGUGCGCACGUGACUACGAGAAGCUGUGCCCGCGUGGCUGGGAGGAUGCCGACGACGGCCAGACGUGCCAUGCACCAGCGACCUACAAAGGUACAUAAACAGAUAGACGUCACAGAGAGAGAGGGACAAUGUCAUGUGAAUGUAUGGUUUCCCUGUUCCAAUUGAUGUAGGUCCGUGCGGCAGGAGUGGGAUAUUUUUGUACAUGUCACCCGACGCCAAAAAGAAAUUGGAGACAGACUGUGAGGUCAGAUGGCCCUGCCAGUCGGUGUGCAACCACGACUACACCCAACUCUGCCCACAAGGUCGGUGGAUGGAUGCCUGUGUGCCUGGGAUGCAUGUGUCUCGUGACUGACUGUGUGUGUGACGUAGGCUGGAUUGACAUUGGCGGCGGCAAGUGCCGAGCACCAGCGGCGUACAUGGCGCGCUGCAGCAGAGAGUUCACCUUCGCCCUAUUGAACGAAGUUCAAAAACAGCACUGGUCAGUCAGCCGGCUGCCAUGUGCGUGCGUGGCUGUAUCUAUCUUGCUGUGUGUCUCAGGAGCGCAUCGUGCUCAGUGCAUUGGCCGUGUGUCAGCGAGUGCGAGAGAGACUACUUGGCCAACUGCCCGAUGGGCUGGACGGACCUCAUGAACGGCACUUGUGUGGCGCCGCCGUCCUACACCAAAUGCAAAUCUGAAGAGCCGCUCGCACUCCUCAAAGUAAGUAGAUCAACACAGCAGACGAUAUAAUGCGAUGUAUAUAUGUGUGGAAUAUGUGUGGAUGUAUCACAUUUGUGUGCAGCCCGCACUCAAGAUGGCCUUUGCGAAGAGAUGCGACGUGCUGUACCCAUGCAAGUCGACAUGCGACAAGGUAUGUUAAACAUACAAUAGAUGGCGCUACAGACAAGAGAGAGACACAAGCAUUGAUGCAUCGCAUCCAUCGGUGUUGUCCUUCUCUGUAUUAUGUCUUUGUGCAGGACUACUCGUUCGUAUGUCCGCGAAAUUGGCCGCUUGCCGAUGACCUCGCCUCGUGCAAGGUGAACACAUCCAUCCAUCCAUCCAUCAAUCAGCCAGCCAACCAACCAAUUUGUGUCUGUAUGUCUGUAUGUCUGUGUGUGCGGUACGUGACGGCUAGCCUCCUCCCUCAUACUUUGGUGAGUGCGGUGACGAAAACUAUGACCUCUUCGCAGCCACAGUGGAGGACAAGAAGGAGUUUGAGAGCAAGUGCGGCGUCCAGUGGCCAUGCAAGCUUACCUGCAGCAGAGACUACACAUCAAAGUGUCCUGUCGGUAAGGCACAUCCAUGCAUUGUCUGUCCACUGUGUAUAUAUCCAUUUGUUUGUUUGUAUGUCAGGUUGGUCGAUUGGUGCUGACGGCAUAAGCUGUCAUGCCCCGUCCUCCUACCGCGGCAGAUGUGCCAGAGCCGUCUCCUUUGCGUCUGUCGAGGAGAAGCGUGCCUUCGCCUCCAAGUGCGCCGACGUCUUCUGGCCUUGCGAGCACGAGGCGGCCCUGCAGCACAUGAUGGUCAAGCCGGUGGCAGUGGAGGUGACACCGAGCGGCUUUCUGCUGCCUCGCGUCCGCUCUGUGGCCGAGAACGUCAUUGGCGGAGGGCCGGUGCGCAGCGACACGGGACAGUUCGUCAUCAGCAGGGGGUGACUGAUGCCAUUGGUGUGGUGUGAGAGCUCGUGAGACACCAUGGUGCAUGCGACUCAUGCAUACGCCGCUGGGCGGUGCUGACUGAC